GUGGUUUAAAACUAGUUUUAGAAGCAAACCAGAUUUAAAAUCAGUUUUGAACCAGAAACUGGAUCCAAAAAAUCAUUUUUUUUGCAAGAUAUGGAUCUGGAUUUAAAUGGAUCCGGAUUGGAUUUUCCAUGUCCGCCCUUAAAAAUAACCUGUAAUUGGAGGUUUUUAAGCGGAAAAAGUUAAAAUAACAGAUAAAAAAAUAUCUUACAUUACCGAGUGAUUGACGUCAACCGCAAACCAUCUCCACUUCUUAUCUCCGGUCUCCGACGAACUCUCCUUGGAAUUUGUACUGCAGAGGUGCUGCCUUUUACACCACCAGAUUUUGCAGAUUUUAGUUUUUAAGGUUAUGCUUUUUGGGUUCUGCGACUAAUGUUGACGAUGAUCAUCACUGCGCUCAUCACUGCCAUACUUGCGGGACUUUGCAUUGGCCCAAUCAACGGCAGGCGGCGGAGGAAGAGGGCCGUGGCGUUCUUCCAUCCGUACACCAACGACGGUGGCGGCGGGGAGAGGGUGCUGUGGUGCGCCGUCAGAGGUAUCCAGGAGGAGAGCCCCGACCUUGAUUGCUACGUGUACACCGGAGAUCAUGACGCCACCCCUCAAUCGCUCAUGGCUCGUGCCCUCGAUCGCUUUGGGGUCGCUCUCCUCUCUCCUCCAAAGGUGGUUCAUUUGUACAAGAGAAAGUGGAUAGAAGAAACUACUUAUCCGCACUUUACAAUGAUUGGUCAAAGUCUGGGUUCUGUGUAUCUUGCAUGGGAGGCUUUGUGCAAGUUUACCCCAAUAUAUUACUUUGACACAAGUGGAUAUGCUUUUACAUAUCCACUUGCUCGGUUGUUUGGAUGCAAAGUUAUUUGCUAUACUCAUUAUCCUACUAUCAGCUCAGACAUGCUAGCUCGCGUUCGUCAGCGCAGCUUCAUGUAUAAUAACGAUGCCUUAAUUACAAAAAGUGUUUGGCUUUCAAGGUGCAAAAUAGUCUAUUAUACAGUAUUCAGCUGCUUGUAUGGAUUUGUAGGAUCUUGUGCACACCUAGCUAUGGUCAAUUCAUCUUGGACUAAAUCCCAUAUUGAAAAUCUUUGGAGAUUUCCUGACCGUAUUAAGCGAGUUUAUCCUCCUUGUGAUACUUCAGGACUCCAGGUACUUCCCUUGGAACGAUCAGCAGAAAUUCCAGUAUUAAUAUCUGUUGCACAAUUUCGACCGGAGAAGGCACACACUCUCCAACUUGAGGCUUUUUCAGCUGCCAUUAAGAGAUUAGAUCCUAGCUUGCCAAAACCUAAGUUCCAAAUUGUGGGUAGCUGUAGAAAUAAAUCAGAUGAAGACAGACUUCAAAUGUUAAAAGAGAAAGCAAUCGAGCUGAAUGUGAAUGAACACAUGGAAUUUCAUAAGAAUGUAACAUACAGAGAUUUGGUGGGACUUUUAGGGGGUGCUGUUGCUGGCAUUCAUUCAAUGACAGAUGAGCAUUUUGGCAUUAGUGUGGUAGAAUACAUGGCUGCUGGUGCCAUUCCAAUUGCUCAUAAUUCUGCUGGCCCAAAAAUGGACAUUGUAUUAGAUGAAGAAGGACAGCAGACAGGAUUUCUUGCCUGCAGUGUUGAAGAAUAUGCAGAUGCCAUGGUGAGAAUUGUAUCGAUGCCGGAGAUGGAGAGACUUAAGAUGGCUGCAGCUGCAAGGAGACGGGCAGGGAGGUUUUCCGAGCAGAGGUUUUAUGAUGACUUCAAAGCUGCAGUGCAUCCUAUCCUGUGUCAUAUUUCUAGGUGAUGGUCUAUAGGAUCUAAUUAGCAUGAUUGUAACUUCAGAAUAUAGAUGAAGAAUUUUGUUACAGAAAUAGCUAUACGUGUUUCAUAAUUGAUUAUUUAAUUAUCACCAACUACUAACUAAA